ACGUUUUGGAAUAAAAUGCAGUUAUUUAUCUCACUGACUGAUAACGAAGAAGUAGUACACGAUGAGUUUCCAUUGGUUCUGGACGAGCAGUCUUUAUUGUCUGAGCUUGAAGAACAGGUAGCAUCGAUAUUAUAUAUCAAAAGUGAAAACCUCGAUUUGUUUUUCGCGGAUGGUCGCAGGAUUUUCGACUUUGAUGCAAAUAGCCAGCUUGCCCAAAUCGGAUUGCACCACCUGGAUAAAGUUAUUGCUAAACAUUCAAAACUUUCGAUAUGGACAGCUCUGUUGAAUUGUGAAGAAGCCUUCGGACGAUCACACGGAGAUGAACUUAGGAAAUCGAUACAUCUGGAUGCUAAAGGGCUGAUCGAUGUCCUGGUGCGAUCACUUUUCUUCGUGGCCUAUCCUAGUCUGGGAACGAGAAGGUUUGCUAUAGAAAAAAAGUUCUAUACAUACUUUAAUCGCGGUGUUCAAGAAAUCAGGAGUUCUUGUAGAUCUCACUUCACCAAAGUCUAUGGCGAGAAAUGUAAUGUGACUUUCGGUUCUCGUGAAGAUGGUUCUCGCGCCGGCUGUCUUUGUCUUGUUGACGACGGAGCAACCAUUUGUCGAUUCUUUGUGAAAACUCAUCACGGUGCGGGAGACAGAUCAUCUUAUACUCGUCUUGACAUUGACAUCAAAGAGUUGUUCAUAUAUACUUUUCUAGAGGCUCUGAGAAUGGGGGCUGAGAUCCAGUUUAUUAACAACGAAUCAUUCUCAAAAAGGAUAAUUUACAUAGCAAGUAGAGAGAUACCAAGUUUCCAAACUCUCAAAUUCCUGGAACUGACUGAGCCGGAAGCUCUUCAACGAUAUUCAAAAUCUGUCGUGGAAAUGUUAUCCGUUUAUUCUAUUCUCAUGCUGGCUGACCAUCACACGGCAAACAUGGGAUUCAACAGUGCGCUGAAUCCGUUUAUUCUGGACUUCAUCAUAACUGGAAAGCGAUUAAAUGAUGUAAGAGAUAUUCACGAUGGCGUGAGAAUGUCGAAACAAAUCAAUGCAAUUCUUGGUACUCUCGACGAAAGGAUCAAAAUAUCAAAAGAAUUUUUAAUUAGAUCCAACUUCUCGUCUGUUUUCGAAAGAUCGAUUGUCUUCUUCCUCGAUCACCAUAAGCCUAAAUUUGACAAGACUAAACUGGUUUUUGAUAGAAUUAAUAAGACAGAUGACUUACUCCAAUACUUCGACGAUGUUCGGAAAAACAUUAGUUUAUUCGUUGAUGAAUAA